GACAACGAAAACAAAUUUUUUUCAUGCAGUGAUUGUCAUGAAACAUUUGAAACUAAACGAAGUCUAAUUAUUCAUCGACGAAUUCAUAAUGAAGAAAAGAAUUAUUCAUGUGAAGAUUGUGGUAAAACAUUUGUUUUGAAGAGAUCUUUAAUUCUACACCAACGAAAUCACAAUGGAGACAAACUUUUUUCAUGUGAUAUUUGUCAAAAAGCAUAUGCUCAGCUAUCUUAUUUAAAAGCACACAAACUAAUUCACACUGGGGAAAUGCGUUUUUCAUGUAAAGAUUGUGAUAAAUCAUUUACUCAAAAAACCCAUUUAAUUCAACACUUACGAAUUCAUACUGGAGAAAAACCUUUUUCAUGUAAAGAUUGCGAUAAAUCAUUUACUCAAAAAAACAGUUUAAUUGGACACUUAAGAAUUCACACUGGAGAAAAACCUUUUUCAUGUAAAGAUUGUGAUAAAUCAUUUAGUUUGAAAAGCAAUUUAAUUCAACACUUACGAGUUCACACUGGAGAAAGACCUUUUUCAUGUAAAGAUUGUGAUAAAUCAUUUACUGAAAGAAGCCAUUUAAUUCAACACUUACCAAUUCAUACUGGAGAAAAACCUUUUUCAUGUAAUGAUUGUGAUAAAUCAUUUACUGUAAGAAGCAAUUUAAUUCAACACUUACGAAUUCAUACUGGAGAAAAACCUUUUUCAUGUAAAGAUUGCGAUAAAUCAUUUACUCAAAAGAACAGUUUAAUUGGACACUUACGAAUUCACACUGGAGAAAAACCUUUUUCAUGUAAAGAUUGUGAUAAAUCAUUUAGUUUGAAAAGCAAUUUAAUUCAUCACUUACGAGUUCACACUGGAGAAAAACCUUUUUCAUGUAAAGAUUGUGAUAAAUCAUUUACUGUAAGAAGCAAUUUAAUUCAACACUUAAGAAUUCAUACUGGAGAAAAACCCUUUUCAUGUAAAGAUUGUGAUAAAUCAUUUACUGAAAGAAGCCAUUUAAUUCAACACUUACCAAUUCAUACUGGAGAAAAACCUUUUUCAUUUAAAGAUUGUGAUAAAUCAUUUACUGUAAGAAGCAAUUUAAUUCAACACUUAAGAAUUCAUACUGGAGAAAAACGUUUUUCAUGUAAAGAUUGUGAUAAAUCAUUUACUGAAAGAAGCCAUUUAAUUCAACACUUACCAAUUCAUACUGGAGAAAAACCUUUUUCAUGUAAAGAUUGUGAUAAAUCAUUUAUUGAAAGAAGCCAUUUAAUUCAACACUUAAGAAUUCAUACUGGAGAAAAACCUUUUUCAUGUAAAGAUUGUGAUAAAUCAUUUACUUAUAAAAGCAAUUUAAUUCAACACUUACGAGUUCACACUGGAGAAAAACCUUUUUCAUGUAAAGAUUGUGAUAAAUCAUUUAUUGAAAGAAGCCAUUUAAUUCAACACUUAAGAAUUCAUACUGGAGAAAAACCUUUUUCAUGUAAAGAUUGUGAUAAAUCAUUUACUUAUAAAAGCAAUUUAAUUCAACACUUACGAGUUCACACUGGAGAAAAACCUUUUUCAUGUAAAGAUUGUGAUAAAUCAUUUAUUGAAAGAAGCCAUUUAAUUCAACACUUAAGAAUUCAUACUGGAGAAAAACCUUUUUCAUGUAAAGAUUGCGAUAAAUCAUUUAGUUUGAAAAACAGUUUAAAUAAACACUUACGAGUACACACUGGAGAAAAACCUUUUUCAUGUAAAGAUUGUGAUAAAUCAUUUACUCAAAAAUGCCAUUUAAUUCAACACUUACGAAUUCACACUGGAGAAAAACCUUUUUCAUGUAAAGAUUGUGAUAAAUCAUUUACUGUAAGAAGCAAUUUAAUUCAACACAUAAGAAUUCAUACUGGAGAAAAACCUUUUUCAUGUAAAGAUUGCGAUAAAUCAUUUAGUUUGAAAAGCAAUUUAAAUAAACACUUACGUGUUCACACUGGAGAAAAACCUUUUUCAUGUAAAGAUUGUGAUAAAUCAUUUACUGAAAGAAGCCAUUUAAUUCAACACUUACCAAUUCAUACUGGAGAAAAACCUUUUUCAUGUAAAGAUUGCGAUAAAUCAUUUACUCAAAAAUGCCAUUUAAUUCAACACUUACGAAUUCACACUGGAGAAAAACCUUUUUCAUGUAAAGAUUGUGAUAAAUCAUUUACUGACGGAAGCAAUUUAAUUCAACACUUGAGAAUUCAUACUGGAGAAAAACCUUUUUCAUGUAAAGAUUGCGAUAAAUCAUUUAGUUUGAAAAGCAAUUUAAAUAAACACUUACGUGUUCACACUGGAGAAAAACCUUUUUCAUGUAAAGAUUGUGAUAAAUCAUUUACUGUAAGAAACCAUUUAAUUCAACACUUAAGAAUUCAUACUGGAGAAAAACCUUUUUCAUGUAAAGAUUGCGAUAAAUCAUUUAGUUUGAAAAGCAAUUUAAAUAGACACUUACGAAGAACUCACACUGGAAAAUAA